AUGGAAGAGAGAGAAAAGUUUAGAGAGAGAGAGAGAGUAAACCCCAUAAAUAUUCUACCCACCCCAACCACCAUCCUCACGACAUUAAACCAGCCGCCAUGCCAGCACACUCCCAGUGACGCUGAGGAUCCAGGUAAGCAAGAGUCCCAAUGUAAGGAAGCUCAGUCCCAGCCUAGCUUUAAAGUCCAACUCCAAUCUGAAAAAGAGGCCAACCACCCCAAUGGUAGGGAAGUUAAUGCUACCAGGGGCUCCUCAUACAAAAGUGCCCUUGAGGAGGGAGAUGCCAUUAAUGCAGGGGAUUUAAUAUCCAAAUCUUUUCCCUUAAAAAUUGCCCAGUACCCGUAUGCUACUUCUCCGCCGUCAUCUUUGGGGGAAAAUGAGGUAUUUAUACCUAUUUCAAAGGAGGAAUAUGAAAGUAUUGCUAACCCAUGGCAAUAUGCGCUUAUAUGUAAAAUUCUUGGUCGGACCUUCUCACAAGAUUUUUUACAGAAGGAACUUAAGAAACUAUGGAAAUGGUCUGGCAUUAUGGAAACUAUACCUCUAGGGAAAGGCUUUUUCACAGUUAAGUGCUCAUCCCACGAGCAGAGAACCGCCAUCAUAACCGAUGGUCCGUGGUUUUUAAUGAACCACCUCGUCUCGGUUCAACAGUGGACACCGGGAUUUCAGCCAUCAAAUGCUGAUAUCACCCAUUUCCCGGUUUGGAUUCAUCUCCCGGAGCUCCCCAUGGAGUUAUAUUCCAGAAGUAUUCUGGAAAAAAUUGGAAAUAGUAUGGGGUAG